UCUGGGGUGGGUGUCUGAGAAGUCUCCGCCUUCACUACCGGCUCCAGAGGACAAGAGAUCCAAUUCCUUCCCUAGGAUGAAGGGUCCUCUGAUUUCCAAGGCUUCCCGGCGGACAGCCCGGAGGCAGGCCCCGCCCCUCGCCCCAUACCCCGCCCCGGAGGGGGCGGGGCCCAGGGUUUGCGUCACGUUCCAUUUGUAAUCUCUGAGUUCUACCGAUUGUCUCGGCUUUCUCCAGCUCCACAAUCAAACGCAGCCGCGGACCUCAGGAUGUCUGGCCCCAACGGGGACCUGCCCAUGCCAGUGGAGCCCAGUGUCGGAGAAGAGGACGACUGCUUUGGGGAAGCAGAAUAUGCAGCCAUCAACUCUAUGCUAGACCAGAUCAAUACAUGCUUGGAUCACCUGGAAGAGAAGAAUGACCAUCUUCAUGCCCGGCUCCAGGAGCUGUUGGAAUCCAACCGGCAAACAAGAGUGGAGUUCCAGCAGCAGCAGCAGCAGCAGCAGCAGCAGCAGCAGCAGCUCAGUGAGGGGCCGCCUUCAGCUAAGCCAAACCCAUAGGCCCCGGGAGAGGCCAUUCCUCUCCCGUCCUCCCCUUUCCACAGCAGCCUCAGGAACUCCUGCCCAGGAGAAGGCAUUUUCUGGGUGAGUCAGUGACUCUCAAGUCCCUUCUUAAAGGGGCAAGGAUGCUUCCCCAGCCCACAGGCUGUGUAAGGCCAUCUGGACAGCCACAGACUGAGACCCCAUUAGGUUUGGGUCCUAGUGUCUGGUCUCCCUCAUUUGCAUCUCCUGGCCCCCCGGGCCCAACUAUGGGAUUUAAUCCCAGAGGAUUAAAUCAUUUAGGACUGGAAUAGCUGCCGACCUGAGGGUAGGAGAUGGGUAGAUUGAAUCCAGUUACUCUAAUCCUGAUCGAGUUGGGCUGCCCAGAGCCAGGGUCAGAGUUUGGGAGGGGGACAGGGAUUGGUUGUCAUUAAAUAGAUGUCUCUGACUGUC